AUGCCGUUGCAGGCACACCGGGCGCAGUGUGAUGGUUCAAAAGUCAAAGGCUUUAAGAUCAGCAGAGGGGAUUGCCUACAUCUACCGUUUGUCUCUAUUCGAGCACCGACUUCUUCUUGGAUGCUGGAAUCAUCACUUUGCGUGAAAGUUGUGCACGUCUUUGUUCAUCUCAUGCUAGCCACUCAAAUCUCUUCUCUAUCGAAAGUCGUGUUUCCGGAAAAUGGCGGAUACUCACAGGGUCGUCUAGAUAUUCGAGUGAAUGAGUUGUGGUAG